AAGGCCACCCCGGUAGACGACGGCCGGCUAGUCCUCGUUGACACGACGCACGCUCAAGAGUUUCGACCUUAACGGGAAGGCUUCUGGCCAUCUGGCGCCGACGAAAGUGAAUGAGCCAAGGACUAAAUCGGGUGUCCCGUUAAGAGAUUGGGGGUUACGCUUCCUCGGUCGAUUUCACUUUUCCUGGUCCACGUAAGUGAUCGCAGCGGAUGCGGAUCACUCCUCAGUCCUCCUGGAAGCUUCCGGAUUCUGGACGGUAGUCGGUUGCUGGCGAAGACGGUAACGCAGGACGCAUCUUUGGAGAUCGACCGAGUCCGCUAGUGAACCGGCUUGGGAUGUCCCGAUGAGAGUACACUCGUAUGUUAUUGUUAGCCGAUGUUAGAGGCACCAGGCCAAUUUAGUGCCAACGAGAAAUGUUGCUGGACUAGUGCUGGACGAGAUAAGGAUGAGGUCCGGGUGAAGUCGACACCUGAUCAUCAUGACUUGUGAAGAGGUGACAAGUGACCGGACAUGAGGAUUCGUCGUAAGAUUUCCUAAUAUCGAGUAAGGACUUGCGUUCGGCAAUUCGCAAUAGCCCGAAAUUUCACUGGGCCGAACUUGAAUUGAAUCGGACACGUGUAAGAACCAAUCGGAUCCCGUGAUAUUCCGUGACGUGAUUCCAAAGACGUGAUCUUGAACCCCUCCAGAGGCUGAACACUUUAACAACAAUCCUAUGGCAUGGUCACAAAGGAAGAUAAGACUCUGAGGAGACGCCAAAACUAUGGUGAACUAUCCCUGAGGCUAUCCGCGGGGCGAAUUUCUGGGUAGACAUUUUUUUAGGUAGACUAACGUCUUCAGGCUCGAGUGGCCGACCGUGUCCCGGUUAAAUGUAAACGUUACCAGAAGCAAUCAAGCUCGUCUCGAGCGGUGCGUGCUGUUGUUCGAGAUGCACUUUACGGUGAAAGACACGUGUGCUGCGCACACGUUUCGUCGCGCGAUCAUCGAGCUGUAGCGAGGCCUGCACGGCGAAUCAUUCGUGAAGGGGAUCUCUCGAGUCAUCGGGAGGGCAGUGUCACCAACUGGAAGCGGUCUCUCACGGCUCUCAAACCUCUGACUCGGCUCCCGACAAUGGAUUCUCAGCAACUUGUCGACUCGGCCUCUCAGAACAGUCAAGACAUCGUCUUACCGAAACCGACCAGCAGCACCCCGAGACACAGCAUCGACGCGAUCCUCGGGUUGGUCAGCCACAAAAGGACUCAUCAAGAGAUGGAGGACACCAGUCGCGACACGCAAGAGAAUACUGGUGAGAACAGCUGCAACUCCACCGGCGGCGGCAGCGACGAGGAACUCGGCGCGGGCUGCGGGGACGACAUAAACGGCAACGGGGGCAAGAAGAAGCACCGACGCAACCGGACGACCUUCACGACCUACCAGCUGCACGAGCUUGAACGGGCGUUCGAGAAGUCCCACUACCCGGACGUCUACUCCAGGGAGGAGCUCGCCAUGAAGGUCAACCUCCCGGAAGUUCGUGUCCAGGUCUGGUUUCAAAAUAGACGAGCCAAGUGGCGCAGGCAGGAGAAGAUGGAGGCCGCGAGACUGGGCUUGAGCGAGUAUCAUCACGCCGCCAACAUGAGAAACGUCGCCGGCCCGGCGCUGGGUCUACCGGGAGAUCCGUGGCUCGCACCGCCAGGAUUGCUGAGCGCGCUACCCGGCUUCCUCGCAGCACCUCACACGGGAUACCCCAGUUAUCUAACGUCUCCCAGGCGAUUACCGUCGCCGCCGAACGUCGGCGCCGUGGCUAAUCCCGUUCCAGGGUCCCUAGCCAGCAGCAUGGCGAGCAUAAGCGCCAGCGGCCACGUGCAACCACCGCCGCCGAGUCCGCCGGGGCACGAUCCUCGCACGACGAGCAUCCAGGCACUCAGGAUGCGGGCCAAGGAGCACGUCGAGAGCAUCACCAAAGGCCUCCAGAUGGUCUGAAGGUUAACCGAGGAUUCGUCAAGGGCGCGCACCGCUGUCGGCCGCAGCGGCCUCGCGCUCGUGACGGCGUGACGAGGGGGAGCGAGAGCAGCUCUUCGCCCGGACACUUCUAGAGCCCGAAGAGUCAACCGAGGCGGAGCAGCGGCGUGUCGACACCGACGCGACAGCGAGAGAGGAGUCGGAGAGGAGGAGGAAGAAAGCGGGAAGCAGACGGAGUUCGUUCCGCGGUGCGGCCGAGAGAGACCGACCCACCGGCGACGUUCGCGUCGCAGGAAUCGUUCACGGGGUCGAGCGUGGCGAAUGAUACCGAUCAUUGCGAGCGAGUGCGCUCGGCGCCGAUAGUUACCAAAGGGAUGAUUCGCGUCCGCUGGUGAUGACGCGUCGGACUAUAGCGAGAUCUCGUGUGUCGCGACAGUCGACGAUCGGUGGGUGUAUCUUGGACGAUUAUAGAGUCGCGGCUGGUUGACGAUCGAUGCCUAUGAGGUACCUAUGACCGAUGAGAGCAUGUGCUCGUGCUUGGGAAUAGGCCAACUCGUUGAGGUGCACACUCGUGGGAGAGUCCGUGGGUCGUGGGAGAGUUGUUGAACGAGUAACAAGGGUAGCCCAAUUAGCGGAAAGAGAAAGAAAGGGGAAGAAGCUACGUCUUCGGAGACGUGCGCGAGUCUUGAGACUCGUUUCCCUUCCGGAUGUUUGCGCUGUUGCGCGGCGGCACGCUUUUCAUGUAUGAUUAACGACGGUUUGAUCGCUGGCUGACAGCGGGCUGGUAGAUUCAAGCUCGCACGUUCACGUUCGUCGGCGAAAAAGGAAAAGGCAUAUCCCCCACCCCCCCACCCCCUCCUCCUCCUCCUCCUCCUCCCCCGAGCGAGUCGCGCACGAGGGCGGCGGUGCGCGUCGAAAAGUUGCGCUCGAAGUCGGCAUUGUGCAAUAGGCGAGUGGAAUUGUUCUUACGUCGCGCGAAACUCCGUCGUGUAGUCGGGAGGUGCGGGCGUAACGCGCGAGGAUGUAGACUCGAUUAAUUUUUAUCGUUUUUCCGCAACUUACCGCUUGCCCGCGAACACUCGUGCGCCGAGUCUCGCUGCUGCUGUUCCGGAGGAAAGGAAGAAACAAGAAAGGAGCGAGAGAAGGAGCGAAGCGUCCUUGAAGGCGGAGUGACAAGACGUUCAUCCCCUCCCACUCGUCCCCAGCGGUCCCGGCCGCGAGUGAAUAUUUUCGAAGCGCCUGAAUAUUGGAUCCGAGAUUGGGAAUUAUAACGCACGUGUGAUUUCGUUGUCGCAGAGCAGAGGUAAACAUUGCCUAAUUUUAUAAAGCGAAUAUCGCGCUGAUGUACAUCAAUCGCCGCGAACACAAUGACAGUCAAUUUAAGCUUGUUUCUAGAUCCCCCUCUCCUCCACCCCCCUUCCAACCCCCGACCGUUCUCCGUUAACGAAUUCAUUAAUAUAUGUGAUUGUGAAACUAUGGAAUACAAAUGCGGCGCGCACGGUGUACGGCGUGUGUGUACGCACACCCGAUGCUGUUACGAUAAUUCAGUGAUAAUAGAACUAGCCGACGCGAAACCUUUCAUAAAGUAAUCGUAUCAUCACACGCCCAUUAAAUAUGCGAACGAAUGUUAAGCGGAUCGAUAAGUUAGUGUUGAUCUACGUAUGGAAUAUUUAAAUUAUCACUUGCCACGCGCAAAUUAUGCAAGGAGACCCAACGAAACGCUCCGGCGCGCUGUGUCACUCUUCAUCGCUCGCGUCUGCUUAGAUCGCGCAUAAAGUGAUAGUUUGGACGUUCCGCGUGUAGAGAGAGCAAGAAGAAGAGGGAAGACGGUCUCGCAGAACCGCCGCGGUAAACACGAACGGAGCCUCGAACGACUCUUCCUCCCUCGCACGGACUCGCGCACGCUCCACGCUUCCGCGUCGUUCCGUUUAUCGCCGUUGAAGGGCGGACGAAAGUGAGAGGGAAGCGUAUCGCUUCGAUACAAGCAAUUCGCAACAAGCAGCAUCAGCCGGUCGAUUUAUAGACAAACACGCCUGCCAGCCGCGUAAAGUCGAGGCGAGGGUCUCGAGCGACGACCAGGCGACAAUAAGGCGACACCCAGGCGGAACGAUAAGCCAAAAGAGAGACGCGCUGUUGUUCUGAGGACAAUGAUGUACCUUGAGAGAAAAAGAAAAAGAAAUCCUUAAACAACAUCCCGAGUUCGAGUCGAGUCGACUCGGCGGCAGCUCCGUCGCGGAGUGUGUGCUUCCGACUCGCGCUCUCGUCGGCCGAACAUCUCUCCUCGCGAUUCGAGGUAAGUUGCGUUCCACGUUCAACGUAGCAGAAUACGCGCUUCGACCGAGAAAGGCGCCUGCACCCUCGGUUAAACACCCUCGGAAAGGCCUAAGGAAAGACAACGCCGCCAAGCCGGAGGAAAACGCCCGCCGAUCGGUGACUAUCGCGUCGCGUCGGCGAGAGAACUAGCGAAAUAUCUCUUGUAGAAUAUAGAGCGAAGGCGCACGGAAGAGCGAGGGACGAGGAAGAAUGGAUUUUGACACGAAACAAUAUUCUGCAGUAUUAAUUAACGUUAAGGCAAAGGAUUGUGCAUAUUAUUUAGAUCGCCGUCGCGGUAUGUAAAUUCCGGAGAGCGCGGAGGAGGAUUCAUCGCAUGCGUUGACGUGACUCGCGGCUCGACGAUACGCAAAAUCGCGAGCUGUUGGACGCCGCAAUCCUUUGGGACGCACAACUAUUACACUUGUCCAUUCUUUGGAGCAUUUCUCUGUCGGCAGCGUCGCUUCCUCCAUAUGUAUUUUUUUUUCGAGAUGCAUAUGCUUUUUUCUCGAAGCGAAUAAGGGAUUUCUCGAAAUUUCUCGAAUUUCUUGAGAAUAUAUAAAUAAAUAAUUUUUCUUUUUAACAUUUGCCCCUUUUCUGCGCGUGUGUCUUUCGUAGUGUCGAUUUUGGUAGGCAGACAGCGCCUGAGACGAUUUUGCGUAUCGCACGAGUACCUACACGCUCGGUUCGUUCGCGAGCGACGCCGGAGCCGGAGCAGCCUCCGCGAUCCGCAAACGCGAGGACUCGUAGAGAGAACGAAGAAACGUAGUCAGCCACUUCCCGGACGUCUAUUUGUAUAUAUACCCGCUCAUGACAGAAUAAAAAUUUGAUGUACAUAUUUAAUCGUACCGUAUUGUUUGAACAGGGCCUCCUUUAUUGAAAUAAAAAUA